CAUAGUUUAAUAUUGCACACUCGUGACUGGCAAAGGCUGUACAAAGCUCGCUUGCCAAAUAGCUGAAGAAGCUUACAAGUGGGAAGAUAUAGUUCCGCAGUAUGAAGCUGUUCGUUAUGAUCAUGUGUGUGAAUUAUCACAUAUUUGUCGCCGAAUCAUCCAAGGUGAAUAGCAACAAUGACCAGGUUGAAAAAUCUCCGAAAUUUUCAAAGGACGUCGUUUUCCCUCCAGUUCCCCCAGAGUAUUGGACAGCUGACGGCGAAUGUGCAGACAACCCAACGUUUGUGGAAGACUGUCCCGUUUGGGCAGAGAUGGGAUUUUGCGACAACGAGGAAAAGGGGAAGCAAUAUGUAAAGUGGAUGCGUAAACAUUGCAUGUUAAGUUGCAAGAUAUGCGAACCUACAUCGCAACCGCUGAAAAUAGCGUUGAAAUUAUGCGCAGGGGUUUUGGUACUCAUUUGGUUGGCUGGAUUUAUUCGCUUUCCAAGGGUAUACUCUAGCAGAAAAUGCUUUAAAUUACUUGUUUCAAUGGGAUUAGCAACUUGCAUUUACUUUGUAUAAUUUAUGUUUUUUUAAGCAGAUUUUAAACGAAUUUCAAUGCUUUAUUUGUGUUUAAUAUAUUUCAUUUACUUUUUUUUCUAUUAAUGCCAUGUAAGCCUAACCCGCAGUACACGGCAAUUUUACCAUUUCUUCUUUGUUAGUUCUUACUUCAUACAUUUUGUGUACACAGUUGAAACAAAACGAAUACACCCAACUGGAAAGUUGACAAAAAUCAA